AUGGGCUCACAUUCAAAGCUCGAAGUAGGAGAUGGUGAGGAUAAAAUCAGUCAAUUACCAGAUGCACUUCUGUCUCACAUCCUCUCCUUCUUGACAACCAAACAAGCUGUGAGGACUAGCAUUCUCUCUACAAGGUGGAAUAACAUAUGGGUUUCUGUUCCCUCUCUAGACUUGGUACACUACUACUGUAAUGAAAGUAGGUCUCUGCAUGCUGCAUUUGUGUCGUUUGUUGAUCGUGCGCUUCACUGUCGUGGAUUAUUAGACAUUCAAAGAUUUCAUCUCCGUUAUUACUGCUUCGCUGUGGAUUUGUCUCGUAUUGAUGGUUGGAUCCGCAAUGUAAUUUGUCGUAAUGUUGUUGAACUUGACCUCUAUGUCAGGGUAUAUGAGGACACGGUAGAAAAGAUUGAGUUGCCUAAAACUAUAUUUCUGUGCAAAACACUGGUGGUAUUGAAGCUGAAUUUCAAUUGUUUUAUCUAUGCUCCUCCUGAGUCGGGGAGUUUCCCUAAUCUCAAGAGGUUAACAAUAGACUUUGCCUCUUAUAUGAGUCUUGAAGAACCUUAUAUGAGUUAUGAGGACCCUUAUGAGUACUACUUUUACUUCUCUAUCAAUGCCCCAAAGCUUGAAUUCCUUAACCUCAAAGUGGAUUUUUUGCCGAGCAUUGUAUUUGAAGAUGCAAAGUCCCUGGUGAAGGCCGUUUUGAGUUUCUCACACCAUGAUGCCAUUGAACACGAGCACUAUGAUGACCGUGCAACCACAUUGCUGGCAGCAAUUUCCAAUGUUCAACAUCUAACUCUUUCUGUUCAUUCUUUGGCUGCUUCUUUUAUGCCUGCUUUUGAUAAUUUGAUCCAUUUGAAGCUGGUUAUUAAUAGCCAUUUCUGGGAAGUGCUGCCAGAGCUACUCCAUAGAACACCUAAUCUAGAAUGUCUUGUCUUGGCACAUAAAAAAGACGUGUACUGUAACUCAGACUGUGAAGUAGACUCGGACUCGGACACAGAAAACUCUGAGAAUGAAGAAUACUGUGAUCAUCAGGAAUACCGUGUGUUGUCACAUCUCAAGACUAUCGUCUUAAGGGGUUUCAGGGGAUGCAUGGGUGAGAAGGAAGUGGCAAAGUACUUAUUGAAGAUUAUGAAGUUUUGUGCACUCUUUCGGAAGGGCUCCAAGACUUGCCGGAUUCAAUUUAUCUAG